CUUUACAGACGCAAUACACCUGAUUUCGUCCGCUCUCCCGCUCAGGUCCCAUUCUGCUACUAUUUGACCGAGCAAAUUUGGCCGCGUAAUAUACGCAGUACGUUCUCGUACCAAGCAAAGGUCGUAUAUAUCGACUAAGGAAUCGUGUCGUCACAAGAUAAACAAUAUUCACAGUGCGCAUCAACAACGACUGCUCAAAGAAAGCUUCAUACUACUCACAAUGUCUCUUCCCACCGCUCCGCUCGGUCGCAAUGGCCCCCAGGUCAAUCGUCUGGGAUUCGGCCUGAUGGGACUAUCCAUGUCAUACGGACCACCAAAACCAGACAAUGAGCGCCUCGCUCUCCUCGAUCAAGCUUACGAACUAGGAGAACGUUUUUGGGACAGUUCUGACUUGUACGGUGACAACGAAGACCUGCUCGGAAAAUGGUUCAAAGCCAACCCAUCCAAGCGCGCAGACAUAUUCCUCGCCACUAAAUUCGCCAUCAAGAAUGGAGGCGCCGAAAUUGAUUCUUCCCCAGAAUACGUCAAGGUUGCCUGUGAGAAAUCACUGGAGCGACUGGGUACUUCAUACAUCGAUCUCUACUACUGUCACCGCGUGGACCGGAAGACACCCAUUGAACUUACUGUGCAGGCCAUGGCCGACCUUGUCAAUCUCGGAAAAGUGAAGUAUCUUGGGCUUUCUGAAGUCAGCUCAGACACCUUGAGAAGGGCACACAAAGUCCAUCCAAUUGCUGCCGUGCAAGUCGAGUAUUCACCCUUUGCACUGGAGAUCGAAAGCAAGCAGAUUGAUCUGCUCAGGAAGUGCCGAGAGCUGGGUGUCGCCGUCGUUGCAUACUCGCCACUAAAUCGUGGAAUGCUGACUGGAGCUUACAAGAGCCCCGAUGAUUUUGAGGAGACUGACUUCCGCCGCGUUGCACCUCGAUUCAGCAAGGAGAACUUCCCAAAGAACCUGAAACUUGUCGAUCGCAUCGUGGAUAUUGCGAAGGCAAAGGGUGUUACGCCAGGACAGCUGACUCUGGCAUGGCUUAUGGCACAGGGUGACGAUAUCUUUCCCAUCCCAGGCACUACUAAGGCGGAAAGACUGGAAGAGAACGUGGCAAGUCUCAAAGUGCAGCUGACCAAGGAAGAGGAGAAGGCUAUCCGAAAGGCGUGCGAUGAAGCAGAGGUUGUUGGUACAAGGUACCCUGAGUUUUUCAUGCAGACUUGUUAUGCUGAUACUCCGCCUCUGGAGCAUAACAAUGGUACGGCUACGAGUGGAAGCGGCGUCAAGCCUACACAUUCGGCUGAUAUCAUGGGCGGCACCUGAAAUGACAAUCCAUGUCAAGUCUGGGCCAGUAAAGAGCGCGUUACUCGACCCAGUACCUCUCACGUCCAAACCCCUAUAUUCCAUGCGUUUCUUGCACAGUCCAAUAGUAUAAAAAAGCGCCGAAAUCCCAAU